CAUAUAAAUUGUAGAAUAUGAGCAAAAGGAAUAUAUAUUGACAUAUCACCAUCUCUCUCGAUCGCAUUCAUUUCUUGAAUGCUAACUUAGCCCUAACCUCUUUGCUCAUCUUCCGCUUCAAUUCAAAACACACAAACUCAAAAAAACAAAAGGAUAAUACCCUCUUCAUCCACUCCAAUAUUUCAGGAAUUCUCUUCCAGACUUAAUCUCUUCAUUCAGAUAAGAGGUCAAAUUCUAGAUUUUUACCCACUAAAUCAGCUGGACCUUAUUCUAUAUCCUUUCCUACAUAACAAAAACGUUUUUUCAGCUGAUCAAUGGAUCAUUUCCAAUUCUUGAUCAGUUCUGUUAUUUGUUUUCAACUCAAAUUUUGAACUUCAAGAACUCACUCUCUCUCUAAAUAUAUAUAAAUAUCUAUAUUUUUUCUUUCUUGAACUCAAAUUUUGAAGUUCAAGAACUCAUAUUUUGAAGUUCAAGAACUCAAAUUUUUCGUGAUGGAUUACUGUUUGAGAGAAAUAGAAGGAAAACAACUUCAUGAUCCAUUAUUUACAGAAAAAAUGAGUAAAAUUAAAUCAUCAUCUUCAUUACGAUACGUUUGGGUUACCGGUCCGGUAAUCGUCGGCGCCGGUCCAUCUGGUUUAGCAGUAGCAGCUUGUUUAAAAGAAAGAGGAGUUCCGAGCAUAGUUCUCGAAAGAUCGAAUUGUAUAGCUUCUUUAUGGCAAUUAAAAACCUACGACCGUCUCCGUCUUCACUUGCCCAAGAAUUUCUGCGAGCUUCCGAUCAUGGGUUUCCCGGAGGAAUUUCCGACGUACCCGACUAAGCAACAGUUCAUCGAUUACUUGGAGAAAUACGCAGAGAAAUUCGAUAUACAACCGCGUUUUAACGAGACAGUUAAGCAUGCUGAGUACGAUCGAGUUCUUGGGUUUUGGCGCGUGAGGACAGUUGGGGGUAAAGGUGAGGAGACGGAGUAUGUGUGCCAGUGGUUGGUGGUGGCUACCGGAGAGAAUGCGGAGGCGGUGGUGCCGGAAAUAGAAGGAAUGGGAGAGUUUGGGGGGGAUAUAAGGCAUACGAGUUUGUAUAAAAGUGGUGCAGAGUUUAAAGAGAAAAAAGUGUUGGUAGUUGGGUGUGGUAAUUCAGGAAUGGAAGUUUGUUUAGAUCUGUGCCAUCAUAGUGCAAAGCCUUCACUUGUGGUUAGAGAUACGGUGCAUGUUUUACCAAGGAAGAUGCUAGGAAAAUCGACUUUUGGGUUGUCCAUGUGGUUACUAAAGUGGCUGCCCAUACGGCUUGUGGAUGAGUUCUUGCUCGUAGUGUCGAGGUUAGUGCUCGGCGACACUUCAAGAUUGGGAUUGGACAGGCCGCAAUUGGGACCCCUUCAGCUCAAAAACAUGUCCGGCAAGACCCCAGUUUUAGAUGUUGGCACACUCGCUAAGAUCAAAAGUGGAGACAUUAAGGUAUGUCCAGGUAUGAAGAGGCUAAAACGACAUACAGUAGAGUUUGUGGAUGGAAAAAUGGAGAAAUUUGACGCAAUUAUCUUAGCAACAGGAUAUAAAAGCAAUGUGCCAUCUUGGCUAAAGGAAGGAGGAGAAAUGUUUUCAGAGAAAGAUGGGUUGCCAAAAACACCAUUUCCAAAUGGGUGGAAAGGUGAAAGUGGGUUAUAUGCAGUGGGGUUCACAAAACGUGGCAUUCUUGGUGCCUCCAUUGAUGCUCCCAAAAUAGCUCAACAUAUUCACUCUUGUUGGAUUUCUCAACCUAAACAUUCAUUUCCUACAAUUUCAAUUCAAUCACCACCAUGAUUUUUUUGUUAUUGGAUUAGAUUUAUAUAUAUAUAUGCAACUAUACAUAUAUAUAUAGGAAAAGUUAUUGGAGGGUUUUUCUGCCUAAAUGUUUGGUACCAAAGUUAGUAUUCCUCCAAUUGAGUAAGAAAAAAAGAAGAUAGUUCUAGCCGAUGGUGAUGAUGACGACGAAAAUGAGUUUAUAGCUCGGAUAUGUCGGAAUCGCGUUCUUGAAAUAAAAAAGUCAAAUUCGGGAAAUUCUUAUCUAGGCCGGAACAUCAAGCCUAUGUUAGGGAUAUAAGGACGGAAAAGAAAGAAGAAUGGGGGGACCUCAGUUCAGCAAUAUAAAUAUAAGUAUGUAUAGUGUACAUUAUUACCAAUUUUUCUCUAAUUAGGUAUGACUUUUGAGGGAGGGAAAUGGUGGUUUUGGUAUUUGUUUGCUAAUUAAAACAUGAUGGCGAUGAUGAUGAUUUGAUUGUGAUUAACAUCUUCUUUUUGUUGAUUAAUCAUCUACUAUUCCAUGGGCUUUGGAAUGGGAUGAAAGUUGAGACUAGCACUGAGAGAGAUUUGUAACAUGCUAAUGUUUUUUUUCUCUAAUUAAUAUAGUUUUUGGAUGGAUUUCUUUCA